AGCGGGAGGAGGUGGCGGCCUCGGGAAGAUGUCUCGAUCCAGCUCGACUUCCAGCUCAGGCUCCAGCACCAGCACAGGUUCAAGCAGUGGCUCUAGCUCCUCCUCUGCGUCCAGCUGCUCUGGGAGCUCCAGCACAUCCCGGAGCUCCAGCUCUAGCAGCUCCUCUGGCUAUCCCAGCCCUUCCCGGCGGCACUUCCGCUCCAAAUCCAAACUACCUAAAAGAGAUGAGAAAGAGAGGAAAAGGCUGAGCCCUUCACCUAAUCCCACCAAAGUGCACAUUGGGAGGCUCACCAGGAAUGUGACCAAGGAUCAUAUGGAAAUAUUUUCUACUUAUGGGAAAAUUAAAAUGAUUGACAGGCCUGUAGAAAGGAUGCAUCCUUAUCUAUCCAAAGGCUAUGCAUAUGUAGAGUUUGAGAAUCCAGAUGAAGCAGAGAAGGCACUGAAACACAUGGAUGGAGGUCUCACUCUCCAAGGCGCAGGUCCCCUGUGCAUAGGAGGUCUUGAUCUCCUGGCCGCCGCCGCCAUAGGAGCCGCUCCAGCUCCAACUCCUCCUGAUAAGCAGGGACGUUGAUUCG